GGAUUCAUGUUUUUGCUUUAUCGUAGGCUUCCUUCAUUUGCACGAACAACAACAACCCUUCUCUGCAAAUCUAUGGAGCCUGCGAUAACAGCGACUUCCUCUUUCGGUGGUGGGUCUUCUCGACUCGCCGCUUUAGCCCAGCAACUUCGCCAAUACAAGCCGCCACCUUCUUCAUCGUUCGAUGACGUCGAGGAAACGCAGACUGAUCAGGAGACCGCUGGGAAAGUGGUUUCUCAGGUUGGAUUUCAGGAAUCUAUUGCUCCGGUUUCGAAAGACCCUGAGAGGUUUAAACCCAAGAGAGCCGCUGUGUUGAUCUGUAUCUUUGAAGGAGAUGAUGGUGAUUUGCGUGUCAUUCUUACUAAGAGAUCUUCCAAGUUGUCUACUCACUCAGGAGAAGUUUCAUUGCCAGGUGGUAAAGCGGAGGAGGAUGAUAAGGAUGAUGGGAUGACUGCAACUAGAGAGGCUGAGGAAGAGAUUGGAUUGGACCCUUCUCUUGUUGAUGUUGUCACUUCUCUCGAACCAUUUCUCUCUAAGCAUUUGCUUAGAGUAAUUCCUGUGAUAGGAAUCUUGAGGGACAAAACAAAAUUCAAUCCGACACCAAAUCCUGGGGAAGUGGAAGAUGUGUUUGAUGCACCCUUGGAAAUGUUCCUUAAGGAUGAGAAUCGAAGAUCUGAAGAGAGAGAGUGGAUGGGCGAAAAGUAUUUGAUCCACUACUUUGACUACAGAACAGGAGAUAAGGAUUAUAUGAUAUGGGGUUUAACUGCCGGGAUUUUGAUCAGAGCUGCAUCUGUGACUUAUGAAAGACCACCUGCUUUUAUCGAGCAGUGCCCUAAGUUUAAGUACCCUAAAAUGUGAAUGCAGAACUUGGCUACUUGCUUAUAUAUAUGCAGACGCAGUAGCUGAAGCUCCAGUUGAUUUCCUGCUGGGGCAUCUCACUACAGGUUUCCAUGAAUCUUCUGUUUGUCUUUAGAUAAUUGGAGGGGUUUCUUUCUCAGCAUGAUCUAGGAUUCUCAAUUAUGAUUCAGAGAACAGUUGGCUUGUUAUGAUUCUAGGCAAACAUCACCCUCAAUUGUGGAUUUGGAGGAAAACUCGUACUCAGUACUCACCUUCAAACACUCAUUUUCCUUUGUAAUACUUGUACUAAAUAUUCGUAUACUGAACAAAUUUGAAAGCAAACUUGUCUUAUGAGCCUUAUGAUUUUUAUUAAUCGUUUUAGAUUCACGCAUCAAUUACAUUGUUAUCUCUGGACUAGACUUGUUGUGUUUCAAUAAUACAUUCAGUUAGGAUUUCUUAUUGCUCGUAGUUAACCCAGGACCACCGUUUCUUUGUAUUGGGACCUUUUUCUUCCUAUUAUUGCAUGGUUUUGGUUUUAUCUGGUUCUGCUUUGGUAGUUUUUUUCUUUGCGAAUGGCUUCAAUUCUGCAUGAAUGAAUUUUUGGUAGAAUCUAUAAAAAUAAGUGCCCCUGUAGACUUGUUCUAAAGCAGGGAUUUGCACUGGCUACCCAUUCUAAAGGCAGGAACUUGAUCUUUUUCCUAUUGUUGCUGCAUAUUCAUGGAGAAUCCCGCAAUGUACAGCAAUUCUCAUUAUUUGAUAAAUCUGGCUGCUUACAAAGCAUGAUGGUCCUCCCUAUAUGAAGGGUACUGGUUGUAAAGUUUUAUUGAUUGGAUGUGAAAGAGCGGUAUCUUCUCCUUUGCGUCAAGCACUUAAUAAUUUUUCGCUCAUUCUUUUUGAAUCUGGCUUCUUACAAAAGAUGACAAUCAUCCCAACAUGAAGUUUACUGAGAGGACGUGACAGCGGUAUGCUCUUAUAUUCCAUUGCAUUAAGCACUUAAAAAUGAAACUUAAGGUGCCUGUUGUUUGUAUUUUCUUUAACUUAAAUGAAAGGGUAAUAUGUGGUUCGUACUUGGAUCAAGAUCUACGAUUAGGACUAAGUAAAGCAAUUUGCUACUU